GUGGGUCCAGGUGGCGCCCAUCGGAUCGUUGAACCCUACCUACAGACUACAGAGAAGAGAGUAGAGAGUACAGACUCAUGUGAACCCAAAUUUAAACCCUAAAAACUCCAGACGCAGGUGUUGAGUUGAUUGAAACAAGAUUGAAUUCAUGGGGAGGUCGUGCGAUGUGAUUUUGGGAUAGGAAGGACACCCUGUCAGAGAAAAAAGACAGAAAGAAAGAAAAAGAGUACUGAGUACGUACAAAUAGUAUGCAGAGCGGAGUGGUCGUAGGACACUAGCCUCUACUCUCUAGGGCGUGGGCGUGGGGCUCAAUCCACUUAAUACAAAGGGCCCUUGCCCAGUUCGAACUUCACGCCCAAGUUAAAUGUGAUCCGAAAGCGAGCCCCCUCCGCCGGACCGCCGGUCCGACCAAACCCAUCGCCUUCCCUUAAAACUACAGAACUUCAGUCUGUAAAAAGUAGAAAAAAGGUUUUUACUUUCAACGCUUUGGUCUUUUGCUGCAAACGUAAUUGCUAACUCUUUUGUCUUCAUUUACCCACUUCACGUGACCUCACCUUACUAACCACGAGACUCCUCUUCUCACUCACUGCACGCUGCACGCUGCACACUGCUCUCAUUCUCUUUUCUCUCCUCAGUUGCUUUUCCUCCCCACUUUCUCUGUCUCUCAUCUCUGAUCGGAGUUCUCUCCAGUCGUCUCCAUUGAUGACAACAUUUAUCAACUAGACCCUCCUCCAUGCCUCCUCCUCCUCCGCCGCCGCCACUACUGUCGGUCACCCUCCUAUUCGUCAUUUUACGACUCCUCGCCGUCGAUCUAACGGUGGCUCAUACAUGUUCCCCAACAAGGACGAAUAUAACUUCAUGCCCUCCAUUCACCUCUCCGCCUUCGUUCCCUUUCUCCUCGUCUCCCGGUUGCGGUCACCCCUCGUUCCAGAUCCUGUGCUCUUCCAACCGCUCCUUUAUCUCCAUCAACAACUUCUCCUUCGUUCUCCUUCGUCACGACCCCAACUCCAGCACCCUCGUCCUCUCUCCUCAGAGUUAUGUCUCCGACCCAACUCAUCGAUCCUGCCCCUCUGCUUCCCUUCCCGAUCGAGCAAUCGAUCUCUCGGGUUCCCCAUUUCGGUUCUCCGAUGCUCCGUGUGCUCGGCUCUCUGUUCUCAGGCAGUGCAACAUUUCUAGCCUCCCAAAUUGCAGUCGUUGUCCCUGGGAUUGCAAGCUACUAAAGAGCCCGGUUCAGCUUUUAAAAGGCUGCUCUUCCAAGCAUCGUUCGUCUGAACAGGGAUGCCAGCAAGAUGUCUUGGAUUACUUGCAUACGUUCCUGAAUCUGGGAAUUCAGGUCCAGUGGGAUGAAAGCAACGAUACGUAUUUCUCACGCUGCAAAGACUGUCAGUCCGAGGACGGCGUAUGUGGGUUCAACACUUCCGACACUCGAAAGCCAUUUCGCUGCUUUUCCUCCCGCUCCCGAAUUUCGUCGCCGAGGGUUCGUGGUGAUAGUCCCAAUCGGAUGGCUCUCUUGUGCACUCUUUUCAUCUUUACGUGCCUGUCGGUUGUCGUCGCACUCGCCACACUGAUCUUUCGUUACAAGGGGCUGAAAUCAUAUGCCAACGAAGAGAACCCAACUACUCUGUUCCUCCACCGGCACAGAUCAGCUAAUCUCCUCCCGCCGGCGUUCAGUUACGAAGAGCUCGAGUCAUCGACGAAUCGAUUCGACCCAAGAAACAAGAUUGGUGAUGGUGGGUUCGGGUCUGUCUAUCUCGGGCAGCUCUGUGAUGGGCGGGUUGUAGCAGUGAAGAAGCUCCAUAGACAGCAUGCGGCGGCGGCCGCGGCCGGCCGAGCGGCCACAACGAAGUCUUUCUGCAAUGAGAUACUGAUACUUUCUUCGAUCGAUCACCCCAACCUCGUUAAGCUUUACGGAUAUUGCAGCGAUCCGAGGGGGCUCCUCCUCGUCUACGACUACGUGCCUAACGGAACCCUGGCCGAUCAUCUCCAUGGGUCAAAGAGCUUACACAGAAAAGGGUCCUUGACGUGGCAGGUAAGAGUCGAUAUAGCUCUGCAGACGGCAUUGGCGCUCGAGUACCUCCACUUGACGGUGAGACCGGCGAUCGUUCAUAGAGAUAUAACUUCAUCGAACAUCUUCGUCGACAAAGAAAUGAAGGUCAAGGUGGGGGAUUUUGGGCUUUCGAGGCUUUUAGUCUUCCCGGAGUCAUCUUCGUCGUCUUCUUCGUCGUCGUCGUCUGGGUACGUGUGGACGGGACCUCAAGGUACGCCCGGGUACCUGGACCCGGACUAUCACAGGUCGUUCCGACUAACGGAGAAGAGCGAUGUGUACAGUUUUGGGGUGGUUUUGUUCGAGUUGAUAUCAGGGAUGAAGGCGGUUGAUCAUAGCAGGGAUAAGCGGGAAGUGGCGCUGGCGGAUAUGGUGGUAUCGAAGAUUCAGGUGGGUACGCUGCAGCAGGUGGUGGACCCGGUUCUGAUGGUGGAAGGGGAAGUAACGAGCACCGUGAAUGCAGUGGCGGAACUGGCGUUCCGAUGUGUUGCCGCCGAUAAGGACGACCGUCCGGACGCAAAGGAAAUAGUUGCCGAAUUGAAGCGCAUCCGGAACCGUACACGUGGACAUCGUGCUCCGAAUGUCGCUCCCGAUGCUUCCAAGUCAUGAUGAUUGAUCCAACAGUUGAAUUGGUUCCCGCGCUCACGAGGGGCAAUGGAGAUUGAUUUGACUCUAGUUUUGGUAUAUAGAUAUAGAUAUAUAUAUUUGGUAAAUUUACUGAAAUAGACACUAUAUAAGUAUAAAUUCAUUUUUGAUGCCUCCUACAAGAAAAACAGAAGGUCAGCCAAUACUGUUUUCACUUCUGGCUGAGAACUAACUACUCUUGGACUAGUUCAGCCUUCAGCUAGAAAAACUUGUUUUUCUUAUUGUCUGUUUUUGAUUUUGGGGUUAAGACAGCAAGCUUCUUCA